AUGUCUUCUGAAGAAAACUCCAAAAAACUUGCUCCGGAUAACCAGCUUCUAGCUGAGAUAUUCGGUCCUGCUGAAUCCUCGUCUACCAACAUUAUUGCUCAGACCUUCAAAACAUGCACCUUUACUGCGCGUGCAGGCUCCGGGGAGGAUGUUCUCGUCCGUCUCGAGGCCGAGGGCAGCCAAAUCUCGGCAGUUUCGGCCAUCCAAGAGUUGGCGACAAUGGUGAUUCCAGAUCUUGUUCCUAAUGUUCAUAAAUUAGGAACAGCAUCUACAGAAGACGGAAAAAUCCUUGGGUAUUCCGUUACCACGUACAUCCGUGAUGCCAUCACGCUGGAGGAUGUUUGGAGUGACCUGGCGGACGAUCAACAGCUGCACGUCGUGGAGCAGGUUGCGUCUGCUAUAGAGAUGCUCCAGGGGAUUGAUCUUCGUGGCGACAAGGCGCAGCAUAUACUCAAGCCUGCAAAGCAUUCACUCCCUAAGGAGCCGAUAAUUCCACUUGGUGGCCCUAGUUUGGGUUUCUUCUCCAAUAUGCAUGAUCUCGUGCGUGGUUUUGUAUCAUCACAGUUUGGUCCUCAGCAGAUCACAAUUACCGAUACAGAUGACGGCGGGAUCAAAUUCAAGUCUUCAUGUGACGAUAUACCCCCAGUCGCCAUCUCAAGAGCCGCGAUCGAUGCCUUGCAAGACGCCGUUGUCCUUUGCCACAACGACCUUGAGCCUCGCAACAUCCUGGUCCAAGCAGAGGAGACAGGUUCCAGUCCCCUGACGGUUCAAUACAAAGUCGUUGCAAUCAUCGACUGGGAAAUGGCAGGAUUCUUCCCUUUUGCAUUCGAGUUUCUCUACAAGGACCUUAUCCUAGGAUCUUCCAAUCUAUAUUACUCAUGGUAUCGACUAUUCAAAGACCAGACGGCGCGUUGUAUCCAUGCCAACAGUAGCCCGUUGACGGACGCCCAGAAACAUCUGUUCAUGGCUUUGGAUAUGGGACUUGAGUCGAGGGCGAGGGCGUCGACUAGGAAUGUUGGGAAGCUGGUACAAAGGAAAUGGAUUGAGAGGGACCGGUUGGUGAAGAGUGGCAAGGUCUCAUUGGGAUGGGUUCGGGGCCCUGAGGCUGGGGAUGUGCAGCGGUUUUCGAAGGAGGAUAAUAAGGAACUGGAGUAA